GGAUUGAAGAAUCGAUUGAUCGAACGGCCAGUAUAGACUUUCUCGCUGUCCUUUCAAAGUUAGGGUUUUUUCAGGUUUCUUCUCCCAACAGCAGAGCGCAGAGAGGGAGUCUCACCGCAUUGACAACAGCCCUUGUCUUCUUCUCUGAUUCUACCUUUUCCAGAGACCAACAAAUUCAAAUCCAACCGUCAAAACUUGUCAUUGUUCGCUUCAGAGAGCAAAACCCCCAAAUUGUUAGGGUUAGGACAUUGUCUCGAUCGUGAAGAUGAGGCCGGUUUUCGUUGGCAACUUCGAGUACGACACUCGUCAAUCAGAGCUCGAACGCUUGUUCGCCAAGUAUGGCAGGAUUGAUCGCGUCGACAUGAAAUCUGGUUUUGCUUUUGUCUAUUAUGAGGACGAGCGAGAUGCUGAAGAUGCAAUUCGUGCACUGGACAACUUUCCAUUUGGAUACGAAAAGCGAAGACUGUCUGUGGAGUGGGCUAGGGGUGAACGUGGUCGCCAUCGUGGGGAUGGCUCUAAGGCAAACCAGAGGCCCACAAAAACCCUAUUUGUGAUUAAUUUUGACCCAAUUCGUACGCGAGUUCGUGAUAUAGAAAGACACUUUGAACCUUAUGGGAAGGUUCUUAAUGUUAGAAUUCGUCGGAACUUUGCAUUUGUGCAGUUUGAAACACAAGAAGAUGCUACUAAAGCUCUUGAGUGCACACAUAUGAGUAAGAUACUGGACAGAGUGGUGUCUGUUGAGUAUGCUCUGAGGGAUGAUGAUGAAAAGGGUGACAGGUAUGGUGACAGUCCUAGAAGAGGGGGUUAUGGGAGAUCCCCCAGUCCAGCUUAUCGGAGGCGACCAAGUCCUGACUAUGGUCGUCCACGCAGCCCUGCGUAUGAUAGGUACAAUGGACCAGCUUAUGACAGGCGCAAGAGCCCUGAUUAUGGUAGGCCUAGAAGUCCUGAUUAUGGUAGGCACAGGAGUCCUGAAUAUGGUAGACAUCGCAGCCGUUCACCGAUUCGAAGGUCAAGAUCUUAGAAGUGUUGCUUGGUUUAGGAAUACGAAGCAGGAUGCAAUGGCACCUGGUUUAGGAAUAUGAAGCAGGCUGCAAUGGCACCUUGUGUUGCUUUUUGGUUCUUUUAGUGGUGUACUGUUUACAUUUUAAUUUUUUGUUUCUUCCUAGAUAUGUAGUAGUAAUCAUGGCUAAUUGUGAUGAUAGGACCUGAAUCUAAUCUGUUUAACGGGUGUAUGAUCGCAUUUUAAGUCUUUAUUUUUUCCUACAUGUGUUGCAGUCGUAGCGAAUUGUGAUGAUAGGACUUGAAUUUAAUCUGUUUAAAGACAGAAUUGGUUAUACCUGUUAUAGUGACACGGUGUCUUGCCGUGAUUGAAAUUAAUUAUUUUCGAAGUGCUAA